AUGUCAUCUAUUCAUAAGGCUUUAAUGGGGGACGAUAGGUCUUCCAAGAAUGGUAAAAAGACCAACGAAAAGCAAUUCAUGAACAAGCAACGUACCUUAUUGAUCUCCAGUAGAGGUGUUAAUUUCAGACAUCGUCAUUUAAUCCAAGGUCUACACUCAUUACUACCACAUUCUAGAAAAGAACCAAAAUUAGACACCAAGAAAGAUCUUCAGCAGUUAAAUGAAAUAGCUGAAUUGUACAACUGUAAUAACAUUUUAUUCUUUGAGGCAAGAAAGCAUCAAGAUUUAUACUUAUGGCUCUCUAAACCGCCAAAUGGCCCAACAAUCAAAUUUUAUAUCCAAAAUUUACAUACCAUGGAUGAGUUAAACUUCACAGGUAACUGUUUGAAAGGUUCUCGUCCAAUUUUGUCUUUCGAUAAAAGAUUCGAUAACUCUCCACAUUAUCAAUUAAUCAAAGAAUUAUUGGUUCAUAAUUUCGGUGUUCCACCAAAUGCUAGAAAGAGCAAGCCAUUUAUUGACCAUGUCAUGUCUUUCAGUAUUGUUGAUGAUAAAAUAUGGGUCAGGACGUAUGAAAUAUCAAAUUCUGCCAAGAACAAAGAAGAGUACGAAGAUGGUGAAGAAGAUUUAUCAUUAGUCGAAAUUGGUCCAAGAUUCGUCAUGACUGUUAUUCUUGUCCUAGAAGGUUCCUUCGGUGGCCCAAAGAUCUAUGAAAACAAACAAUACGUUUCUCCAAAUGUUGUUAGAGCACAAAUGAAGCAACAAGCUGCUAAUGAUGCUAGAGCUAGAGCAGAAGCUGCUGUAGAAAGGAAAAUUAAGAAGAGAGAAAGCGUUUUAGCAGCAGAUCCUCUUUCUAAUGACGCUUUGUUCAAAUAG